UUACACCUCAACCACGCCGACCGCCUCCCGUCUCCUUUCCCACCACCUCUCUCUCCCUCAUCUCUCCUUCGUCUCUCCGGCAUGUUCUCCAGGACACUGAGGGCGAGCGUAGCUGCGCCACUACGCCGCAAUAUCUUCGCACCCGUCGCGCGCCCUGCCUUCCGGACUGUCACCACCGACGCGGCUUCGUCGCAUGCUGACAAGGACAGCGUGCCUUCAGAAGAUGACAAGCCGUUCGAGGUCCGCCUCUCCGACGAGAGCUUCGAGACCUACGAGCUCGACCCGCCUUCCUACACGCUCGACACCACCAAGAAGGAAUUGAAGCAGAUGUACUACGACAUGGUGGCCGUACGGCGCAUGGAAAUGGCCGCCGACAGGCUUUACAAGGAGAAGAAAAUUCGGGGUUUCUGCCAUCUGUCCACUGGCCAAGAAGCGGUCGCUGUCGGCAUUGAGCACGCCCUCCAAAAGACCGACCACCUCAUCACCGCCUACCGCUGCCACGGCUUCGCUCUGAUGCGCGGAGGAACCGUCAAGUCCAUUAUCGGAGAGCUGUUGGGCCGGAGAGAGGGCAUUGCUUUCGGCAAGGGCGGAUCCAUGCACAUGUUCUCUACUGGCUUCUACGGUGGCAACGGUAUCGUUGGUGCCCAGGUACCUGUUGGCGCUGGUAUUGCGUUCGCCAACCAAUACGAAGGCAAGGAGAACGUGACAUUGGCUCUGUAUGGCGACGGAGCAUCAAAUCAGGGACAAGUCUUUGAGGCAUUCAACAUGGCCAAGCUAUGGAAUCUUCCCAUCAUUUUUGGAUGUGAAAACAACAAAUACGGAAUGGGCACAGCAGCGAACCGAGCUGCCGCUCUCACGGACUACUACAAGCGCGGCCAAUACAUUCCCGGCUUGAAAAUCAACGGCAUGGACGUCCUAGCCGUGAAGGCCGCCGUGGCAUACGGAAAGGAGUGGUGCCGCCAAGGAAAGGGUCCCCUUGUCUACGAAUAUGUCACCUACCGUUAUGGUGGACAUUCCAUGAGUGACCCUGGCACAACCUACCGCACCCGCGAAGAAAUCCAACGCAUGCGCAGCACCAACGACCCCAUCGCCGGCCUGAAGCAGAAACUCCUCGACUGGGGUGUCACAUCUGAGGAGGAGCUCAAGGCCAUCGACAAGGAAGCUCGCAAUAACGUUGACGCUGAAGUCGCAGAGGCCGAGAAAAUGGCCCCGCCCGACCCAACCCCCAAGAUCCUGUACGAGGACAUCUACGUCCGCGGCAGCGAGCCGGAGUUCCUGAGGGGCUGCAUACCCGAGGAAAACUUCUACUACACCGAGUCGGAUAUUUCGAAGGAGGCGCCGAAGAAGGCGGCAGCAAGGACGUGAGUGUGAUGUGCUGCGGUUGAGCGUGCCGAACGUGUGUGAUUAGAUACUGUUGUGGGGAUGACUUGGUUCGGCUCGGGUAAGGUUCGUAGCACACUUGAGAAACCUGUAAUUUUACUAUUUACUUUGGCACUUUCGAGGUCGUUGAUGCUCAUUUAGCCUUAUAAACUAUCCCCAGAAGCGACCCCACCAAAGUCCAUUUCCACUUUUGAACCUGAGCAUAACUAGUAUUGUCUGGCCACUUAUUAAGCUUGCUAUUAAGCUUUAUAGCAAGGAUAAGUGGCGGCC